CCCUCCAACGCGUUCCUAGCGCACUUGGGCAAAUGCCUCGGCUGGUUUUACUAAGCUGCCCUGGUGUCCGUAGACCGCUCCGACAGCAUCUCAGGCCGGUUCCUUCGCGUGGCACUCCCUGUCUGUUCACCAGCCACAAGUCCUCCUUUCUCCCUCCUGGAAGAUGCCGAUUUGCUCCAAGCACUCCAAGCACCGGAUCUCUGUCUGAAAAUGUGGUUAACCGCAUGAAGGAUUUCAGCCAGCCCUCAGAAGGGCAGCAGCCAAGCCCUCCACCUACUUCUCCUUCACCUUCUGCAUUUGGCCCUCGAGACAGCAACUUGAAAGCCCCUCAGAAAGAAUCCAAACUGCCCAGGUCGGAGAUUAGUGGUGGCCAGCAACCGUCAGGGGUGAAGGAGGAUCUUGAGAGGAACAAACAGGAGCAUGCUACUGUCCAAGAUAAGUGCUUUCAUGUAGCAAAGAGGGAAAGAGAGGUUGCCAUGAAGCACUCAGAGGCCUCUGUGCCUCAGGGGGAAGGCAGCAUUGGCCAUGAGGAGCAGAAGUCACCCCCGCUGCAGGCCAGGGAGCUGGAGACCAGAGAGGCAGAGCUAAGACGCCGUGACAGCUUCUACAAGGAGCAGCUGGGGCACAUCGAGAAGAAGAAUGCUGAGAUGUAUAAACUGUCUUCACAGCAAUUCCAUGAGGCAGCUUCGAAGAUGGAGAGCACAAUAAAGCCCCGCAGCGUGGAGCCGGUGUGCUCAGGUCUACAGGCCCAGAUCCUCCGCUGCUACCGAGACCAUCUGCAUGAGGUGCUGCUGUGCUCCGACCUGGUCAAGGCCUACCAGCACUGCGUGAGUGCCGCCCACAAGGGCUGAGGAGCGGCACUAUUCCUGGCCUGGCAGUGACCAGGAGCCCUGAAGAAGGGACCAGUCGUGGGACCACAAUCCACAAAGCCUGGGUCACCGCCAUGCCCUGCUGCUUCCUGCUGGACACCCACAUAUGCCUCUGAGCACGGGGCUGCCAUGUAUUUAGGAAACAGAGUAUGUGCUACUAUCCGGAAACAAAUAAAGCAGAUGUCUUUGUUUUCAGUCAUUCA